AUGAAUCCCGAGAAUGAAGUUACCAUUCAGGUGAAUGUUAUGGAGCCUAAAGAAAUUGAUCUUAGGAAGAAGGAAAAGCAAAAGAAGAGGAGACAAAGAACCGAUGAGUAUGAUUACAAUGAUCCGUUUAUAGAGCCCUUUGAAGGAGAGACACAGAUGGUCAUGAUAGAGAGUAGCCUUGAGGAUUUCUUUGUGUAUAAGGGCGAGUUACCAUAUAGUGCGAAGAAGGUACUAAGUGUACAUAAAGCAAGGGAGAGAGCCAAGCUUAUGAAGAGCUCAUCCAUAGAUGUUUCUGGCCAAAAGGCCGAAAAAAGAGGGAAGGAUCCAAAAAGAUUGAGGAUAUCGGUUGGUAAGGGAAGGCGUAGAAGAAUACCAAAAAGUGAUACUAAGAUCUGUGAUUGUCUUGCUAGCCUUAUAAAAUCUGAAGUUGGUAAUACAGGGGAGGUACCAAGGGAUGAAAGCGACUAUAUGGAGUAUUAUGUAUCUCUGAAGGUCCUUGAGGCAUUCCAAAAGGAAAGAGAAGUCGAUUGGCGCAUACAGAACUUAGAUGCCCUUAAGAAACCAUCAGAUGAAGAAAUAGCUAGGUAUCUGAAGAAGAGUGAAUCGGCCAUGAAUGAGCUAUUUAAUACAAUCGCUGGAGAAAUCCAGAACUACCAGCUCUACUCGGAAGAUCUUUCUCUGUUCAAAGGCUUCCAAAAAGAAAGCUUCCUCUUUAACACUUGUAAAUACUUUUUGCUCUUUAUUAAGAUAUCGUUUAUGGGACAAGAGGGUAUGACCUUCAACAAGGCAAGGAAAGAGGCAUAUAAUAAUGUCCUUGGGCUGUUUCCUAACACAUGUAAAAACUCAACACAGACUCAGUACUACCUUGCAAAGCGCAUUUCACAAACUUGCGAAAUGAAAGACUUCGCUGAAUGCAAUAAUAAGGAACAUAAAAAAGGAAAUGAAGAUCGCAAUGUAUCUUCAAAUCUAGAAAGUAUUGUUGAAUAA